CUGAGUGACCCGGCUGUCAUUUUAAAUCCUGGUGGCUCUCCGUGGGUCCCACGUCCCCUGACUUCGGCUGACUGCUGUGCUAAUGGUCCGACAACCCCCUGCCGCUGUACCACAUCCGUUAGUGCAUGUUCUCAUUGUUUUUGCAGCACACGCAUGUGUGCCCCCCGGAGCAUCACAGAGCAGCAGAACGGAGUGGAAGCGCUCCACGGUGCAGGUUCUUGCGAGGACACCACGACCUCCCUCCCUGUCCUUCGCUGUUCUAGAGCGCGGAGCGGGACGUUGGUAACAUUCAUCAUUUACGUGACAUGGCCUACAUUUCUGCGGCCGGGGCUGGCCGGUGGCAGUGAGGCGGUGGUUCCUUUCAGAGGGGCUUAUACAGUGCCUUGAUGUCUGCUGUUAAUAUCCACAAGCUCCCGGGCCGCACUUCAUUAUAAGCUCCGACAGCUGUCGUCGUUUUCAAUGUCGUUUUAAUCAUAAUAAUUAAUUACCAUGCACCACCUGGGGCUACACCUUGGUCCCACCAAAUGAAAUAUAUUUGUGCUUCCCCUUUUUUUUUUUUUUUUUUUUUGCAACGUUGCCAUUGGUUUAUUCAUUGGUCGUAUACAUGCUUCGUGUUACUGUUCCACGUUAUCUGGAAAGCAAUCCGGCUUAAUCAAUGAUAAUCCCUUGUGCUUUCAGUGUGUUAUUUGGGCUCUUCAGCUUCUUUGGUUCUACCUGAUCCAGCUGCCUUGUCAGCUACAAGAAUGGAAUGACAAACAUCAAGGCCACCAAAUCUCAUACUUGGUCGAAAGAGAUUUUUUGGGUGCAUUUGUAACCUUGUAGUUCUACCAUCGCCUGUCAACAGAAAUGUCUGUGUAGACCUGUGGCAGUGAUGCUCUGCCUAUCGAAUGUACAAUGAGGGGGCUUCCAAUAGAGCUUGCUGUGGAUAGUUCUUCCUAUUCAGCUGUACUGAUAUUUGAUGAGGACAUAGUCAAUGUCAUUCAAUUAUACUUAUAUUUUUGAGAACACCUAAAAAGUAAAGGGGUACAACUUAAGAUUGGGUACCUUGCCACAUCAAAUGUAUGCUAUUACUGUUCUGCGGUUCAACUGUACCCUAGCAUAUAGGCCUUGUUUAGACACAAGAGUCUGCGGUUGUAUCGUUAGUGUUGAUUAACAUUAGCCGACUGUCAGACAGUUGCUCUUCUGCUGCUUCUUGUGCAGGCAACUGACUGCUGUAUAGUUUUAGGAAGCAUACAGUUUCCAAAAGAACCGUGCCUCAUUUAUGACCCAAUAUUCUGUAUUUUUACACUUUUUUCUUUUAGUUUCUGGGUCACAGAUAUUGCACGUUUAAGUUAUUUCAACUCAUUUUCUGGGGUAUCAAUAUGCAUUUGAAGAUAUGCUGAUGAUUCGCAUGUAGUUCCUUACAUUGGGCGGCGGGUUUCGUUAUCUUUGAGUUCCCUUCACUUCCAUCACAGCGUCUACCAUGAACCAAUUAUUUUGUUUUGAAGAUCGUAAUGACGGGCCUGCUAGCUUCACUGAUUCAUACCAGGCAUGUAGUGAACAUAUAUCUACGUCAAGGGACUAUGUCGUCUGUGAUUUUUGUCAGCAUAAAUAUAUUCCAUCGCAUCCCCAUUCAUUCUGAGUAGCUAUCUUUAAUACAUUAUAUAUGCUAGGAAGUCCCAUAUAAAUGCUUUCACUUUUUUAAGUCGUGGUAAUAUCAAGUUGAGCAUAUACUAUAUCAUAGUGGCUUGUUGCCUGUUAGAGGAUCAACCCUGGUUAAUAUUUACUGAGGCGGGGGGACAAAAGUAAUAAAUCAGCUCUGCGGAGUUGCACGAGUGGGGAUUAAUAAUUAAACAUGUAUAUUACCAACCUUGGAGUUACUCCGUGAUCACUAGAGUUCUUGUAGAAACUGACAUAUUUUAGAAAGCAGCUGUACUUCUCUUCCCCGAACGAACGGAGGCCUACCGGCAGAGAGGGCUGUGGCCUUGGUUGGGCUCGGCUGGCUGCCUCCGGCUCUGCUCUCUGUGGGCCGAUCUGAUGGCAGCUGCUGCAGCAGCAUCAGCAUCAUUCUACCCAGAGCUCUGGGCGGAUGCUGGGGCAAUAGGCCCUGAGCUGCUCUGGGGUGGUGGGUGGUACAGCUCCGGCGCUGCUCCAAGGGUCCUCUCCAUGAGCGCACACUGGCACAUUUCCCCGUGUAAACUCAUUUUGUUUUCAUGUUUGCCUUGGUCCCCGUGAGGAGGUGAUUGCCUCAGGUCCAGAACCAUUGAAUGUACCCCCCCCAUUCGGCCAAAGGCUUACCUAAACACAGUGCCCCCAUGCUCCCUAUAAAAUGCACAUGGAAAUGUGUUUUUAGAAACAAAUUUUUUUUCUGCUACUUGUUUGACUCAGCAUUUGACUUUCAUCCAUUCAAUGAGGACAUGCGCACGAUGUUAACAACUAUUUAGGAAAGUCAUGUCAAUAUUAAGCUUAAACUCCCAACGGUGGCUGGCAUUUUAGAUUCCAGUCCAGUAAGACACAGUUUGCUUCCCUGUAAAAGCAAGCCAGCCGGUAAGGACAAUAACCGAGGGCUAAUACAGCUACGAAACAUUUAUUCCGUCCCGUGCAUGGCCUCACACAAACCCUUCCUCCACAACUUAAGAAUGUUACUGAGCCUGAUUAUUCACCUUGGUUCAUUCACUCUGGGUAGUGAUGGUCUGGUGUCAGCUCAGUCGGCAUUAAAUGUUAAAGAAAAUAAAUCUUGCCCCUCGAAUUGCCAUGACCAUGCACGGGCCGGAUUUCAGCUGCGACCCCCACCUGUGUGUGUGUGUGUGUGUGUGUGUGUGUGUGUGUGUGUGUGUGUGUGUGUGUGUGUGUGUGUGUGUGUGUGUGUGUGUGUGUGUGUGUGUGUGUGUGUGUGUGUGUACAUUGGCUUAGUCUUAUUAGAAAACAAGCCACUGUGUAUGGAGAUUUCAGUGGGAGAUUAGGGUCUGUCAGCACAUAGACUUUAAUCUCUAGUUUCUCUGCGUGCUGUUUGUAUUACAUUCUCUGCCUGUUUGGGAACUCAUGCUCCAUGCUGGGUUAGCUCCAAUCCACUGAAAUAAGGAAAUCGGAGCACGAUCUCAAUGUAUCUUCACUAAUAAAGCAAAAUGAAUUGAAUACAUUGUCUAUGCAACUUUUUAAGUAUAUACAAUACAUACUCUUGUCUAUCUCCAUGUUCUUCCUGUAUCUUUGUUAUCCUAUUAGCUUGAGUUGUUCACUCUCUAUCCGACACCUGGAAUGACCGACAAAUCCACAUUCUAUACUCACAAGUGACACCGAUACUGUGUGUGUGUGUGUGUGUGUGUGUGUGUGUGUGUGUGUGUGUGUGUGUGUGUGUGUGUGUGUGUGUGUGUGUGUGUGUGUGUGUGUGUGUGUGUGUGUGUGUGUGUGUGUGGGGUCCUUGACUUGCAGUAGGCCUUUGUCAUCCCGGUGGUGAGUCCUGUCUCCGGGUAAGUGGGUGGUGUGAGUACGGUCGACUGAAUGACAAUAAGGCAAUAAAGCCAGGUUAGCGGAGGCGGCUCUGCAGCUGGCUCCCAGCCCACCAUCACCUCCCAGUCUACGGCACCUGACACUAUCACGCCCUGGGCCUAUGGAAGGUCAGGCUUUACGGUGCUUGUGAAAGACACUCACAGGGUGUUUGUUGAGUGAGUUAAGGCUCCUGCCGACAGGUUGGGUAACCCUGUGAUAAGCAAGUGAAUUCUGUGGUGGGUUUGCAUUAUUUAUUUAUUUUGACUCAGGGGGAAUAUUUCCAAUUCUACACGCACAGGAGGUUACCUAUUCAGAAAACCUUGAGCGUGGCCUUUGACGAGAGUUUUUCUAGAGGUGGGUGUGUGGGAGAGAUUUGAGGCUUUUCAUUUCUCAGGCAGCAUGUUGUGUGCUUCUCGUCUAUAUCAGGGCUGGCAGUUUGCAGCCAAUAUCCCUCCUUUACCUCCUCAAUGAGCUGCUGAAUUUAAUAAAGGUCGCAGCUGUGAGGAAUGUUGGGGAAUUUUAAGCCGUGAAUGAAUAUUUGGAGAAAAUCAAGGAUUUUUUCUUUUGCAACGGGAAGAAUAGGUGUGUGUGUGUGGAUUGAUGGAGUCUUGAGGUUUAGAAUGCCACAGCUGUGUACCCUGCAGCGGGACGCUCUGCAGAAAUGUCAGAUCAGAACACGGUUCGUCGGAUGAGACGGCGGGGCGGAGCACUCCACCUACACUCAGAGCCCCCUGAUGAGAGGGAGAUGAAGGAGCAGCUGGCCACCCUCCAGGACAGCGAGCGAGGACACACCGAGGCCCUGCAGCUGCUCCAGAGACAACUCACCGAGACCAAGUCCUCGGCCAAGAGCCUGCGUGCCACCAUCGGCGAGGCCUUCGAGCGCCUCCACCGCUUCCUGCGCGAGCGGCAGAAGAGCAUGCUGGAGGAGCUGGAGAUGGACACGGCGCGCAAGCUGGCCGACAUCGAGCACAAGAUCCAGCGCUACAGCCAGCAGCUGCGCGACGUCAAGGAGGGCGUCCAGAUCCUGCAGGAGCGCCUCCACGAGAGCGGGCGCCACGACUUCCUGGAAGGCGUGGCCACCACGUCUGAGAGGAUCAAGGGGAAGAUCCACGAGACCAACCUGACGUACGAAGACUUCCCCACGUCCAAGUACAUGGGGCCCUUGCAGUACACGAUAUGGAAGUCCUUGUUCCAGGACAUCUCCCCAGUGCCGGCGGCGUUGACCCUGGACCCCAUCACGGCCCACCAGCGGCUCAUCCUGUCGGACGACUGCACCAUCGUGGCCUACGGCAACCUCCACCCGCAGCCACUGCAGGACUCGCCGCGGCGCUUCGACGUGGAGGUGUCGGUGCUGGGCGCCGAGGGCUUCGCCGGCGGCGUGCACUACUGGGAGGUGAUGGUGUCGGAGAAGACCCAGUGGAUGAUGGGCGUGUGCGGCGAGACGGUCAGCCGCAAGGGCAGCAUCCAGAUCCAGCCCAGCCGCGGCUUCUACUGCAUCGUCAUGCACGACGGCAACCAGUACAGCGCCUGCACAGAGCCCUGGACGCGGCUCAACGUCAAGGCCAAGUUGGAGAAGGUGGGCGUGUACCUGGACUGCGGCAAGGGCCUGCUGGUGUUCUACAACGCCGACGACAUGUCGUGGCUGUACACGUACCGGGAGAAGUUCCCCGCCAAGGUGUUCCCCUACUUCAGCCCGGGCCAGAGCCACGCCAACGGCAAGAACGUGCAGCCGCUGCGCAUCAACACUGUGCGCCUUUAAGAGCCACGCACGCACGCACGCACGCACGCACGCACGCAGACGGGCUCGCGCACACACAUGCACGCACACACAUCAACGCGCACAUGCAUACAUGCGUGCGAGAGCGCCCGUGCUGAAGAUCCGCUCUGCCAAAAGAGUUGGUUGUGUCGCCAAUGGAAUUUUCAGGAAAAUUUGUUAAAAAAUUAAGAAAUAUGUAGAGGUAAAAGAAGUGAUUCAAAAUAAAUAGUUUAAACAGGGUGUGUAAAGAAGUGUGUUUGGUUUUGGUGUUGGUUUGUUUUUCGCGUAGUGCUGCUUUUAAUGACUGUGUGCCGUCGUUGUUUCCUGGGACCUUUUGGAAUUUCCCAUGCCUACACUUACGGCUGGGCUGUAAUUACGAAGCAGGGGGCACCACUGAAGGUGGGAGGGGGGGCUAGACCAAUGAAAGGUCUGCUGUCUUUGUUCAAAGCCCAGCUUGAGCAGUCAGUCCCCUGUGUCUUGCUCCUCCAGUCUGGCUCCUGGCUGGAGAGACCCGGGCUGUCUACCUGCCACCUCCAGGCCUAAGGACUCCGGGGUCUUCUCUUCGUCUCUGUGCUGUGCAGUGGGCUUUAGCUGUGUCCGUGGAACGUGUCCAACCGGCACCUUUUUAUCCUCCUCUUCCCAAGGCUUUUUUUUGUAGCCACAGUUCCAGCGAGUCAACGUACGCUUGACAAAACCUGUCGGCACUUUACUUCUGCCUGCGUAUACCGUAAAUUAUUAUGUUUUACCAAAACAACGAAAAAUGAUGUCACUUGUUCACGGUAUCCCAAGCCUUUUGCUACGACCACCUCGAUGUGCAGUAGUUGUUGUUAGUGACAUGCGUGACGGUUACGGCUACAAGUGUAUGUUCUUUGUGUUCACCAAUGGUGAUCCGUGUCAGAUUUUAAGAAGAAAAGACAAGUUGAAUGAACUGAACUGAAAUGUCCUUAAAUAGAUUUCUCACUUUCUAACCUUUUCUUUCUGUUAUUUUUUAUUUUUGCUCCCCACGUCGUCUACUCGUGUGUGUAGUUUGUGUGAGUGUGUUUCAAGGGAGCAAAGUGGUCAAGAACUACGCUGCUAUUUUGGGAUGUGGAAAUUAGGUGUUGCAUGUCUGUCAACAUAGUAUUUAUCCAAGAUGUAUGAUUUUCCUUGUGAGUAACCUAUUGAUUAGUUAUCGGUUCAGGUAUGAUUGGGUUCCUCAUGAAGUACCCCUGUAUCUCUUUGAAUCGAUGUAGAACUCAAGUACAUUCCAGCCUGUUUAACCUGCUUCCCAAUGUGGUCUAUUUAUGAUUUGUGAUGGGGCUGUUAUCAUUAGUAAUACUGAAGCACUCAGUAGUUGGCCAUCCAAAACUGCAAUUGCUAACAAAAGUGAGAUUGUACUCGUUAUUCAAAGUUUGUGAAUUGAGACCAGCAAAUUCAGCCGAACCUUGUUUGUUCCAUGCAGCAUAUGGUGGCUGGAUAAUUGAUUAAAGCUGCAUAGUCCGGCUGUUAUUGGCAUCUACAUGACUGUGUGUUACAUACAAAAAAAGUGUGACUAAAUAUGACAUCUUUCUGAGGCUUUGUUUAUAUCUCACUGCUUGGCCUUCAUGCCAAAAGAGAUCUGUUGUUCACAAGCCUUUCAAGUGUGUGUGUGUGUGUGUGUGUGUGUGUGUGUGUGUGUGUGUGUGUGUGUGUGUGUGUGUGUGUGUGUGUGUGUGUGUGUGUGUGUGUGUGUGUGUGUGUGUGUGUGUGUGUGUUGGGUUCUGAUAUUUGGGGAGGAUGGGUCAAACAUGGCCAGGAAUCGAAACUCCUACCAGCCUUGGCUGCCUGCACUUGAUUUAAAAACAAGCAAGUCCCUAGUUGUCUUCCUCACAUUUACCUGAACUAGCUGAAAGUAUGUUGGAAAGAGAAAAGCAUUCUGUUUGAGCAGGCCUGUCAACACAGAUUUAGACCAGAAGAAUUCCUCACCUUACCACUGCGUUUCUAUGUCUGUGUUUUCUCAUUGCCAUGCGAUGCCCUGUUUAUUUGUAUUUGUUGUAUGCUGUGUUAAUGGGACUUAAUCAUGAUAUGACUGGUCUGAUGGUUUGCGUUUGUGUUCAAACAUGCUGGUAUAAUUAAUGAAACGAGAUGGCAAAAUAAUCUCACCAUAAUAUUUAACAUAAUUGGUAUUAAUUAGUAUCAGACAGAUGAGACAAUCGGUAAUGUAUUCAAAAUGUCCUUGCUUCGUUCUUCCAGCCAUUUUUUUUACAAUGUCCUGUGUGUUAAGAUGGAUCACAUAUAUCUGUUAUCAUGCAAAUUGAAUACUAGUUAUUUGCAUUCAUACGUGUCACAUGGUAUGUAGGCCAUCUCUCCUGGUACUUGACCUAUUAGCGGAUGUUUCUGUACAAUUUGCAUAAAAUAUGAGAUUAGUGUGUGAGGAUGAGGUGGGGUGAUGGCCGACGACGAUGAAAUUAAAACUAUGGAUGACUGCAAAGAUUGUGUUUGGAUGAUGGUCGCAGUGCACCCAUUGCCGUCAGGGGUUUGUGUGACAUGUUUUAAUGUUCUACAAUAAAUUACUGCGAAAACCAAA